UCACAGUCACAUGACCCUGUGGGGGCGGAGCUUCUCUGGUUGCUGCUUCUUCUCCUUCACAAACGCAGCCGCUGGGGAAUCAGAGCAGAGAGUGCACGAGGACAGAGAGGACACGACGACGGACAGGGCACGAGGACGGAGAGGACACGAGGACAGAGAGAGGGACACGGAGCGGCUGCUGAGACACACACAGGUGUGUGUGUGUGUGUGUGUGUGUGUGUGUGAGAUGGCGCGUGUGUGUGUGAUGAAUACUAAUGAGCGCCGCACCGCGUCCUGCUGAGGCGCACCGCGGAGUCCGCGCGCACCGCGUCCGCUCCUGACUCACCGCGACACCGCGGCACCGGUUCUACACUCCCGGUCCGGGACUCCUGUGAUCGAGUCCAAACAUGGGGAACAGCUUCUCCAACAUCUCCAGCUUCCAGUCCCUGCACAUCGUCAUGCUGGGUCUGGACUCGGCAGGGAAGACCACGGUUCUGUACCGGCUCAAGUUCAACGAGUUCGUCAACACGGUUCCGACGAUCGGCUUCAACACGGAGAAGAUCCGCCUGAGCAACGGCGCGGCCCGAGGCAUCAGCUGCCACUUCUGGGACGUGGGCGGUCAGGAGAAGCUGCGGCCGCUGUGGAAGUCCUACAGCCGCUGCACCGACGGCAUCAUCUACGUGGUGGACUCUGUGGACGUGGACCGGCUGGAGGAGGCCAGGACCGAGCUGCACAAGGUCACCAAGUUCGCGGAGAACCAGGGGACGCCGCUGCUGGUCAUCGCCAACAAACAGGACCUGCCCAAGUCUCUGCCGGUGCCGGACAUCGAGAAGCAGCUGGCCCUGCACGAGCUCGGCCCCGGCACCAGCUACCACGUCCAGCCGGCCUGCGCCAUCAUCGGGGAGGGGCUUCCUGAGGGCAUGGACAAGCUGCACGAGAUGAUCCUGCGGAGGAGGCGGUCCCUGAAGCAGCAGAAGAAGAAGCAGCAGCAGCAGCAGCAGCGGUGACACGUGGGACCAGGAUUUAAACAGGCCGGCCUGUUUCACCUUUGACCUCCAGGGUCACCUUUAGGACACAAAAUGGCGUCUUUUUUUUUUUUUUUUCAUCUUUACAGACGUGACCGUGUUUUAACUGUCGCGCUCUUACAGGGACAGUCAGAGAGCGCCCCCUGCUGCUGAGGACCAGCCUCUACCAUCUCUGUGUCACAUGAUCACGUCUGUAUCUGCGUCACAUGAUCACGUCUAGCAGUGAUUUUAGCUGCUGCUCCUCUGCUGCCUCGUGUGGUCACUUUGUGUCACUGAGGUUAAUCUGAACGAAGGAUUUUAAAAGCAGAAUUUGACAAAAUCAGGCAUUUGAUCUCAGUGAUGAGGCAGCAGUUCUCUCUGGGGUUUGGUGUGGGAGCGUCACAGACGUGAUCAUGUGACGCAGAUACAGACGUGAUCAUGUGACGCAGAUACAGACGUGAUCAUGUGACCCAGACACAGACGUGAUCAUGUGACGCAGACACAGACGCGAUCAUGUGACGCAGACACAGACGCGAUCAUGUGACGCAGACACAGACGCGGUCAUGUGACGCAGACACAGACGCGAUCAUGUGACGCAGAUACAGACGCGGUCAUGUGACGCAGACACAGACGCGAUCAUGUGACGCAGACACAGACGCGGUCAUGUGACGCAGACACAGACGCGGUCAUGUGACGCAGACACAGACGCGAUCAUGUGACGCAGACACAGACGCGAUCAUGUGACGCAGACACAGACGCGAUCAUGUGACGCAGACACAGACGCGAUCAUGUGACGCAGACACAGACGCGAUCAUGUGACGCAGACACAGACGCGAUCAUGUGACGCAGACACAGACGUGAUCAUGUGACGCAGAUUUUUAGGUCUUUUAUGAAGUUGCUGGAUUUUCAGUGUUAAAAAACAGGAACUGUCCCUUUAAACUCCAGGAUGCUGUGGCACGUGGACGUGUUGGACUCUGUGGACGCCGUCUUCUCUGACUCCUCCCCCUUCGUGGACGUUCAUGGAAACAAAAACAGUAGAAGUGAAAUGGUGAGACUGAGUUUUUGUGCAGCUGACCACAGGGGGCGCUCUGCUGACGACACGCGUGUCAACACUUUGCACUUUUUAUUUCACACAGAAAGUGAACAGAAGUCAAGUAUUUUUUUCAAUAUUAAAAAAUGUAAAAAUGAA